GGUGGUGGCACUGACGGAUGUCCCCCAGCGGGUACCCAGCUGGCAGCGCCCGGGGGCGCUGCAUGGACUGGUACAUGAUGAACUGCGAGCUGCUGGCCACCUGCAGUGCCCUGGGCUACCUGGAAGGGGACAUCUACCACCGGGAGCCCGACUGCCUGGAAAGCAUCAAGGACCUGAUCCGGUACCUGCGGCAUGAGGACGAGACCAGGGACGUCCGGCAGCAGCUGGGGGCGGCCCAGAUCCUGCAGAACGACCUCCUGCCCAUCCUGGUCCAGUACCCCCAGGACAAAGUGCUCUUUGAUGCCGUUGUCAGGCUGAUGGUGAACCUGACCCAGCCAGCCCUGCUCUGCUUCGGCAAAGUGCCCCAAGAUGCCACCGCCAGGCACCACUUCCUCCAGGUCCUCUCCUACCUCCAGGCAUACAAAGAGGCUUUUGCCAGUGAGAAAGUUUUCGGGGUGCUCAGCGACAAGCUCUACCACUUGCUGCAGCUGGACUGGGAGCAGAGGCAGGAGGAGGACACUCUGCUGAUCGAGAGGAUCCUGCUGCUGGUGCGCAACGUGCUGCACGUCCCCCCGGACCCCGCUGAGGAGCAGGGCGUGGAUGGCGAUGCCAGCCUGCACGACCGGGUGCUGUGGGCGCUGCACAUCAGCGGCUUGGACGACCUGCUGAAGUUCCUGGCCAGCUCCCCGGCCGAGCAGCAGUGGGCCCUGCACGUCCUGGAGAUCAUCUCCCUCAUGUUCCGGGACCAGAGCCCCGAGGAGCUGGCGGCGCUGGGGCAGGGGCAGGCGGAGCGCGGGGAGGCUGCCCGGGAGCUGCAAGCCCUGCGGCAGAGGGAGCUGGCGGAGAGGAGGGUCCGGGCGCUGCAGCGCCCCUCCAGGCACUCUCGCUUCGGCGGCUCCUACGUCCUGCAGGGGCUGAAGGCCAUCGGGGACCGCGACGUCGUCUUCCACAAAGGGCUCCACAACCUGAAGAGCUACAGCCACGACCUGGGCAAGGAGCCGCGGAGGGUGCCGCGGCGGCGGCAGGCUGCCCCCGACGGCGCUGCCCCGCGGCGCUCCGCGCACAGCGUCAGGCUCCUCCUGCACAGCUUCUGCCUGGACUUCCUGCAGGACUGCUACAACCCCCUGAUGCUGCUGGUCAAGGAGCAGCUGCUGAGGGAGAAGGCUCAGCAGCACGAUGAGACCUACUACCUGUGGGCCACCUCCUUCUUCAUGGCCUUCAACCGGCGCAGAGGCUUCCGCCCCGAGCUGGUGUCCGAGACCCUGGGGCUCAGAACCUUCCACUUCAUCCAGCAGCACCUCACCAACUACUACGAGAUGGCUCUGGUGGACAAGAAGGAGGCAGCCACCUGGGCUCGGAGGAUGCAUUUGGCGUUGAAGGCUUACCAGGAGCUGCUGAGGACGGUGCAGGAGAUGGACAGGUCCCCGGAGCAGGCAGUGAGGGACAGCAGCCAGGUCAUCAAGAGCAACAUCUUCUACCUGAUGGAGUUCCGGGAGCUCUUCCUCACCCUCUUCAGGAAGUUCGACGAAGCCAGGCAGCCGCGGAGCUUCCUGCGGGACCUGGUGGAGACCUCCCACCUCUUCCUGCGGCUGCUGGAGCGCUUCUGCCGCGGCCGCGGCAGCCUGGUGGUGCAGAGCAAGAGAGUGAGGAGGAAGAAGAGGAAGCAGCAGCAGCAGCAGCAGGCAGCCCGCAGCCCGCAGCCCCUCAGCACAGCAGAGCUGGAGGAGCUGUGGGCAGGGCUGGCACCGCAGCUCCAGGCUUGCCUGCAGGGCGAGGUGCCCCUGCCUGAGGGCCUGGUGCCCUUCGACGCCGCCUCGGAGACGCCGGUGGAGGAGCAGCGCUCGGAGGCUCUGCUGCAGAUCCAGGGCUGCCUGCGGGGGGGCCGAGCCCCCCAGGCCCUGCAGCUGCUCCGCUCUGCCAGGGAAGUGUGGCCCGAGGGGGAAGUGUUCGGAGCCGCUGACGCGGGGCCGGCCGAGGAGGCUCAGCUGCUGCGGGAGAUCCUCCUCGCCCCCCUGCCCUGCAACACACCCCCAGAAACCGAGGAGCAGGAGGAAGAAGAAGAGGAGGAGGAGGAGGAGGAGGAAGAAGAAGAGGAGCAAAACGCAGUGCAGGUGGCAGAGAAGGAGUUCAACUUCCUGGACUACCUGAAAAGGUUUGCCUGCGCCCCUGUGGUGCGGGCCCUGGUGGUGCUGCUGCGAGGGUACCCCCGGAACAGCCCCCGGACCAACCACUGCGCCGCGCGCCUGCUGCACCGCCUGGCGCGGGACCUGCGCAUGGAGCCCCUGCUCUUCCAGCUCUCCCUCUUCAACCUCUUCCACCGGCUCCUCAACGACCCUGCAGCUGCUGCCCACCAGGAGUUGGUGACCUUGGCCAAGUUCAUCCUGGGCAAGUUCUUCUCGCUGGCAGCCACCAACAAGAAGGCCUUUGUGGAGCUCCUCUUCUGGAAGAGCUCAGCCACCGUCCGCGAGAUGACUGAGGGCUACGGCUCCCUGCAGGAGGGAGAAGGGGCCGGCCAGAGCAGAGUCCCUCCCUGGACCCCCCAAGAGGAGCAGGAGCUGCAGGAGCUCUACUGGAAAUACAAAGAGGUGGAAGGCGAGGACAUCAUCGCUGCCAUCCUCGCCCACCUCUCGGUGCCCGGCCGGACGCGCAGGCAGGUGGUGAGGCAGCUGGUGAGGCUGGGGCUGGCCAGCAGCACCAAGGACUUCCCACGGGUCAGGAAGGGCACUGGCAUCCUGCUGUGGACGCAGGAGCAGGAGCUGGAGCUGACUCGGCUCUUCCAGGAGUUCCAGGGCUCAGAGGACGUCCUGGGGAACAUCCUGAAGCACCUCACGGCCCGGCGGUCCCGGGCUCGGGUGGUGGAGAAGCUGCUGGGGCUGGGGCUGGUGGCAGAGCGCAGGGAGCUCUACAAGAAGCGGCGGAGGAAGGGGAGACCCUCGAUGGGUGCAGCAGCUGCCCCGGUGGUGCCCGCUCAGGACAGCGAGGAGGAGGAUGGAGACAGCGAGGAGGAAGAGGAGGAGGAGGAGGAGGAGGAGGAGGAGGAAGAGACAGAGGAAGGGGCAAAGAAGGAGGACCACCGGGCACCUAAGGAAGGGGCUGGGCAGGGCUUGGCACGUCGGCUGCACCAGAAAGGCCUGGCCGGGCCCCUGCGGUGGGUGGAGAGCUGCCUGAAGAGGGCAGCUGAGGACAGAGAGGAGGAUGGGGUGUGCCACCCGGUGCCACUGGUGCCACUUACGGAGGAGAACGAGGAGGCCAUGGAGGAGCCAGGGUUCCGCAGGCUGCUGAGGCAGCUGGGGCUGCGGCCCCCUGCCAGCGAGCAGGAAUCCUUCUGGCGCAUCCCAGCUGCCCUCAGCCCGCAGCAGCUCCGGCGCUUGGCUGCCUCCAUCGCCCAGUGCGGCCACGACCCCCCGGGGCCCCCCCAGGGGCUGCUGGAGCCACCCCAGAGUCCCCAGGACCCUGCUUCAGCAGCAGCACCGCAGCUGCCAGCAGGGCUGGGAUCAGACUCCGAGAGGUGA